GGGCAAAGAAUUUAAGCCGAGAAAAUAUCACGUUUCCCACUUUCUCACUUUGCGCAUAUUCCGUCCUCAUCUCUGGGAACGUUUGCCGUCUCCAGAGGAAAAUCUUGCUGUGAUGUUUUUACUGGGAAUCAUCACUCUCUGUUUGUAUUUUGUACCCAGCCGUCAGCAGUUCCCUCGUUUGUGCGCAACCCGGGAAGCCUUGCGCACCAAGGAGUGCUGUCCGCCUUGGGAGGGCGACGGCUCGGCCUGCGGUUCCAGCUCGGGCCGGGGCUUUUGCGGGGACGUGGAAGUCUCGGAUGAACCCGACGGGCCGCAGUACCCCUUCUCCGGGUUGGACGACAGAGAGAAAUGGCCCCUGGUGUUCUACAACCGGACUUGUCAGUGUGCGUGGAACUUCAUGGGAUUCAACUGCGCGGACUGUAAGUUUGGCUACUUUGGAGAAAACUGCAACGAGAGAAGGGAGUCUCUCAGGAGGAACGUAUUCCACCUGUCUAGGGCCGAGAGGAGCAGACUUGUAUCUUACCUGAACUUGGCCAAGCAGACAGUGAGUACGGACUAUGUGGUGGCCACGGGCACCUACAGGGAGAUGGAAAAUGGCUCCAACCCGAUGUUCGCUGAUGUGUCCGUGUACGAUGCGUUUGUGUGGAUGCACUACUACGUGUCCAGGAACGCGGUGCUAGGGCCAGGGGACGUGUGGACCGAUGUUGACUUUGCCCACUGGGCGCCCGCGUUUCUCCCGUGGCACCGCGUUUACUUGCUGCACUGGGAGCACGAGAUCAGGAAGCUGAGCGGAGACACGAGCUUCACCAUCCCAUACUGGGACUGGAGGGACGCCCAGGGCUGUGAAGUGUGUACGGAUGAGCUGAUGGGGGACCGCAGCCCCCAGGAUCCGUCCCUCAUCAGCCCGAGAUCGGUCUUUUCUUCCUGGGAGGUCCUGUGUUCCCAAGCCGGGGAAUACAACGAAAGAGGUGUGUUGUGUGAUGCCACGCGAGAAGGCCCACUUCGCCGUAACCCUGGAAACCACAACCGUGACUUGGUUGAACGUUUACCGACUUCGGCAGAGGUGGAGUUCACUCUCAGCCUGUCCAACUAUGACACCGGAGCAAUGGACCGCACUGCCAACAUGAGCUUCAGGAACAUUCUGGAAGGAUUUGGGGACCCUCAGACCGGGUUAGGAAACAGUUCUCGUAGGGGAAUGCAUGCGGCUCUGCAUGUCUACAUGAAUGGGUCCAUGUCCUCGGUGCAGGGCUCUGCAAAUGAUCCCAUAUUCCUUCUUCACCACGCUUAUGUUGACAGCAUUUAUGAGGAAUGGCUCAGGAGGCACAGUCCAUCUCCAUCCCAGUAUCCAGACUCUAAUGCUCCUAUAGGGCACAACAGCAGAUACAACAUGGUGCCGUUCCUGCCCCUCCACAGAAACAGGGACUUCUUUAUUUCCAGCAAGGAGCUGGGAUAUGAAUACUCCAGCCUGCUGGAUGCCAACCAGAGGCUAGCUGAGUCCAUGCGUCCUUACCUGGAGGAGCUGCGCGACGUUUGGCCCUGGCUGCUGCUCGCAGGGCUCUGCGGGGGACUCGUGACGACAGCCGCAGCCGUUGCUGUCAUGGCUGCAAAACAGCGAAAGAGAAGCCUGUCUUGGCCGAAUGCAAGGAGGUGGAAAAACUUAUUUGCCCUCCCAGAAAGGAAGCCCCUUCUCUGGAGUGAUGAAACUGUGGAAACUAAUCCCCAUAACUACCACACAACUAUAUGAAGAGCAAAGCACUGUGAAUUAUAUAUUCCUCCACCACUGUGAUGAUAUCAAAAUAUAGAAAACUGUAUUAAAAAGUAUUUUAUGCAUGCAGGAGAUUUUGAAAAGGAUUCUGAGACAUGUCAAACUUCUUGCUUGUCCCUCCCACAACACAACGUUGCUUGUCAGAUCGCACCCAUCAGAUCCUCGCAGACACGGCCUGUGCACUAUUUAUGGUUCCUGUCACAGAAAUGUUCCACGACUUUUCCAGCAUUCACAGGGCUUUAGCCGAUUACCUUGAAAAUCGGGUUUUGCAGCGCGUUGCAUCAGUCCGCAUGCUGAGAUGAUAUCGAACUGCAAUUUAGAGCAAGAAACGCGAAGAUCAUUUUUACAGAAGCCUUUGAGGGUAUAAACUUUAUGUGGGAGUUGACUUAGCCACAUUCUGUUUAAUAUUAAAACCGAGCCAUGUUUGUGAUGUGCUGGAAGGAAAAAGAAAAUUGUUGGCUGAGAAGUCGAGAUCUGAGACCUUGGCAGCAGCACACCCAGUUCAGUAUUCUAACCUAAAGUCGCACAAUAGUUUAAACAAGACUUUGACAUUUGUAAAAGUCAUAGCAACACCUAAAGUUAAUGUAAUCCAUAAUCUUCACUGGAAAGGUCAACCCUACGAGAUGAGAAGUGUGUCCAUUUCAAAAUGUUGGAAGAGUUCAGCAUAACAUCUGUAUUCAAAUUCACACACACAGGAUACCCAACUUUUAAAAUAUCAACAGAAAAGUUUAUUUUUUGGUAAGAUAAAUUGGUUCCUUAACAAUUUUCCUCUCCCAUCGUGGUCUCAUUCAGCCAAAUAUACUUCAUACAUUCCAGGCUUUGACACAUGCUGUCCGGCAAAGCACUUUUCUAUUACAGCAUUCAACUGGCAUUCUCAGAUAUUACAGUACAUUGUCAUUGAAACUGCACCAUGUUCUUUUGAGCAGACAGAUACAGUAUUGUAAAGCAGAACUUUUACAAAGUACACAUUAUUUAUAAUCAUGUAAAAAAAGAAAGAAAUCUGCAGCAAAUCUACGGUUUUAAAUGUAAAUAAAUUUGAAAUGGAUCGAUAUACAUCUUU